AUGUCCAAGCCAGGGGAAAGAAACAGGUUAAACGAAGACCAUGGCAGAAAGCAGAGUUCAAGUAAGCCUGCUCUUUUUUUCCUUUCCUCUGUAAUGUCUGUUUCGGUUACUGGGAUACUCUUCUGAACCCCAUUUUCUUCCUCAGUAUUUGCAAACUCAAGCAUCUACUACUGUAUGCUAUCGCUACAAUGUAACGAGUGUUCGUGCGUGAGUCUGUGUUGCUUUCAUCUUCUUCAUAUUUCUACACAGGUUUGGCGAACGGCAUGGACAACCACCAUCCCGUUUGCAGUUCGGGGGAGAAACGAAGUCACCAUUGGAGAAGUUUCAAGUUGAUUAUUGACCCAGCGUUGAAAAAGGGAUCGCACAAACUGUAUCGCUACGAUGGAAAUACUUUUAACAUGCCGGUAAGCGUAACAUCCGUAUUCAAAAAGAGGAACACUUUCGGUACAUUGUUGCAGAGUGUUCGCCUCAACGAUUGACACAAUGUACAUUGUUAGUGGGCUGGACACGUUACUUUCUGCACCUGACACAGUGCAUCAAAAGUGUCACUAUCAAGGGUUUAUGUAAAAAAAACUCCAAACAACUUGAUUGAUCGACAAUUGGCCUGUUAUAUUAUUCCUGCUUGUCAUAACUUUGACUUUGUUAGGCUACAUUUUAUCAUUCAUUCUACAGAACCCUGGGAUGCCACCCGUGGAUAUCGUCCGAGAUCCGAGAAUCGGUCGUCUCUGGACGAAGUACAAGGAGACCGAUCUGCCGAUUCCGAAGUUUAAGGUAGGCUAAUCAGUCACAGCCCCUCUAAGAUCUUGACAGAAUGUGCAAUUAUUUAGACAUUUUGGGGCUGUUACAGCCUUUUUCUAAUGUUCCGAAGUUUUAGGGAGCCAGACACACCCCCUCGCCGAUGUUGAUUGUGUCAUAUUUUUUUAUUUAGGAUGUAGUGCUCCAGGCAGGCAACGAAUGCUACUGUCCCUUAUAGAAUACACAUUUUGCAUGUUGUAGCCUACAUCAACACCAUUCUAUCAUGGUUAUUUGGUUUCUCAAAAUGUGAACAACAGCUCUCCUAAAAGGAUGAUAUUUAAUCAGGUAUACAUGCACUUUAUUUUUGUUUGUCACAUUGAAGCCUGUAAUUCAGGUUUGAAUGGCUAAUGGAUAAAUAUGCUGUAGCCUAAAUAAAUGUAACAUUCAUCAUUUAAUGUAACUAUUUUCUUUCUCUAGAUUGAUGACUGUUACAUCGGCCGUGUUCCGCCCAAGGAGGUGACCUUUGCAAGGCUGAAUGAUAACAUCAGAGAAGGUUUUUUGACUGACAUGUGCAAGAAAUUUGGAGACAUAGAAGACGUGGAAAUUCUAUACAAUCCGAAGAACAAAAAGCAUUUGGGAAUAGCUAAAGUUAUUUUUGGAACUGUAAAAGCAGCCAAAGAUGCUGUCCAGACUCUUCACAACACGUCUGUCAUGGGCAACAUCAUCCACGUGGAGCUGGAUCCUAAAGGUAAGCAAUCUUUGCAUGGGCUAAAUAUGAGUAUUUAUAAAUAAUGUGCAAUUAAUUCUCAGUUGUAGAAACUACAUUUACGCAUAUGUGAACUUGAUCCUUUAUUUAUAAGGUGUCACUAAUUGAACUUUUGGAGGAGAACGUUUAGUCACGUGUAUACAUUUACGCUGGUUGCUUGGUUACCAGAGUAAUUGCAUCUGAAUGUCAGUACGAUCUACAUGAGACGACUAGAAUAAAAAUUCAAAUGAAACGCUGUUAGGCCUAUAUCGGUUUUGACUUGUUUGGUUUAUUUGAUUUAUAUCCGAUUAUUGCAGUAAUCAAUGAAUUAGUUAUACUAGUAGUUGUUUAUUUCUUCUUUCUGUGCACAGGGAUGGCCUAUAAUCAACUCCUAUAAUAACAAUUAUGCUUGAAUUUGUUAAACUAUAGCCAAAAUAUAGUCGCUUCAUUUCAGCUUAUAAUGAAACAAUAUUUUACCUGUUCAUGCUAGCUGCAUUUUACAAUCUUAAUAUAUUUGGCUGUAGGCCUUAAUAUAAUUUUACAUUUUAGUCAUUUAGGACUUGUGCAUAUUUCAAAACGGAAUAUCAUGUAUCUUAUUUUGAAUUGACCCUUAUCAAGAACCUGCAACAGUUGUAUUCUCUUAAAGAGACAGUGGUUCCUCUCAUGUCAGCAGAGAGUCAUGGGGAAGUGCUCAGUGAUGCUUUUGAUUUAUAGGCCUACUGGUAGCCUAUUCAACAGCCUAUGUAGAGAGGCUGGAGAUCAAGCAGAAAAUCUUAGGCCUAUUGAGUACUGUCAAUUUGUUAUUAUAUUUUCACCUGCCAGCAAUAGUCGGCAUAUAUCCCUGAAAUGGAUUUUUCAAUUAGGCUAAUGACCUCCAUGUGUAGCUGCUGAUUUAAAAUGUAUAACUUCCAUGAAAUGUCACUAGAAAAUGUGCCUUGUUAUAAAUCAUGCAGAAACUCCUCAAAACCAUCAUUUCCUUUUUUCACGUUUUAUAAAAAAUAAAAAAAUGAAUAAAACAGUCUUCAGAAAGUAUUCAUACCCAUUGAUUUAUUCCACAUUUUGUGUUACAGCUUGAAUUCAAAUUGGAUGAAAAAAAAAAUAAUUUUCACCCAUUUACACACAAUACCCCAUAAUGACAAAGUAAAAACAUGGUUUUAGAUAUGUUUACAAAUACCUCAUUUACAUACGCAUUCACACCCCUGAGUCAGUACUUAGUAGAAGCACCUUUGGCAGCAAUUACAGCUGUGAGUCUUUAUGGGUAAGUCUUUAAGAGCUUUCCACACCUGGAUUGUGCAACAUUUGCUGAUUUUUUUAUUAUUUUCAAAAUUCUUCAAGCUCUGUCAAAUUGGUUGUUAAUCAUUGCUAGACAACCAUUUUCAGAUCCUGCCAUGGAUUUUCAAGUAGAUUUGAGUCAAAACUGUUACUCGGACACUCAGGAACAUUCACUGUGUCCUUGGUAAGCAAGUCCAGUAUAGAUUUUGCCUUGUGUUUUUAUGUUAUUGUCCUGCUGAAAGGUGAAUUAAUCUCCCAGUGUGUGGUGGAAAGCAGAAUGAACGGCAGGUAGCUUAGUGGUUAAGAGCAUUGUGCCAGUAACCGAAAGGUCGCUCGUUCUAAUCCCCGAGCCGACUCGGUGAAAAAUCUGUCGGUGCCCUUGAGCAAGGCACUUAACCCUAAUUGCUCCUGUAAAUCGCUCUGGAUAAGAGCGUCUGCUAAAUGACUAAAAUGUAAAUGUAAAUUAACCAGAUUUUCCCUCUAGGAUUUUGCCUGUGCUUAGCUCCAUUCAGUUAAUUUUUUUAUCCUGAAAAACUCCCCAGUCCUUAAAGAUUACAGGCGUACCCAUAACAUGAUGCAGCCACCACUAUGCUUGAAAAUAUGGAGUGUGGUACUCAGUAAUGUGUUGUAUUGGAUUUACCACAAACAUAACACUUUGUAUUCAGGACAAAAAGUGUAUUGCUUUGCCACAUUUUACUAUUACUUUAGUGCUGUUGCAAACAGGAUGCAUGUUUUGGAAUAUUUGUAUUCUGUACAGGCUUCCUUCUUUUCACUCUGUCAAUUAGGUUAGUAUUGUGAAGUAACUACAAUGUUGUUGAUCCAUCCUCAGUUUUCUCCUAUCACAGCCAUUAAACUCUGUAACUGUUUUAAAGUCACCAUUGGCCUCAUUGUGAAAUCCCUGAGGUUUCCUUCCACUCCGGCAACUGAGUUAGGAAGGACGCCUGUACCUUUUUGAAUUGGCUGUGUGUAUUAAUAAACCAUCCAAAGUGUAAUAAUUAAAUUCACCAUGCUCAAAGGGAUAUUCAAUGUCUAUUAUUAUUUUCUACCAAUAGAUGCCCUUCUUUGCGAGGCAUUGGAAAACCUCCCUGGUCUUUGUGAUUGAAUCUGUGUUUGAAAUUCACUGCUCGUCUGAGGGACCUUACAGAUAAUUGUAUGUGUGGGGUACAGAGCUGAAGUAGUUAUUGAAAAAUCAUGUUAAACACUAUUAUUGCACACUGAGUCCAUGCAACUUAUUAUUUGAAUUGUUAAGCAUAUUUUUACUCCUGAACUUUAGGCUUGCCAUAACAAAAGGGUUGAAUACUUAUUGACUCAAGACAUUUCAGCUUUUCAUUUUUAAUUAAUUUGUAAAAAAUUUCAAAAAACAUAAUUUCACUUUAACAUUAUGGGGAAUUUGGGUAGGCCAGUGACAACUCAAUUUAAUACAUUUAAAAUUCAGGCUGUAACACAACAAAAUGUAGAAAAAGUCAAGAGGUGUGAAUACUUUCUGAAGGCACUAUAUAUCACACAUUAUUGCAUAUACAUUAUUGUGUAUUUAUUGCUGUGAAUGAUGUUCUUCUUACUCACCUCUAAGGCGUCAACUAAAGGGUAACUGAGAAAUAUAAUUUUAUAUUUCAGUAAGGUGCCACCAAACCCUUAUUUUACCAUAUCUUAACCUUAUCCAUCCAGGUGAGAAUCGCCUUAGAUACUUCCAGCUACUUCUGAAUGGCACCUUCACCCCUCGGACACUUCCGGUGGGAGGAGAAGUGUCCCCUCGUAGCCUGGCAGAGGCUCUUCUGGUAAGACCACCACUUUUGUGUUGGAUGUUUAGCAGCACUUAUGUUGUAUUUGAGAAAAUUUGCAAGUGUUCCAAAACAGGCUCACAGGAAAGGUAAGCAUGUUUUUAAUUUGUCAGAACAUUCUAUUUUAUGUACCAUUGUAGUACUAAUCUCACUGCAGUGCCCACUGAGAGACAAGGCCCUUGUCCCUUGAACAGAUUGUAAAGUUCUGAGCAUAAUCCUGUGUCUCCCCACUUUCAAGGAAAACUCCACCCCAAAAAUUAUUUUUGGGUAUUUGUUUCAUUUGUCAAUUGUUGACAUAGUCCCAAAAUGUUUUGCUUAUCAGCAAUCAAGUUUUCAAGAUAUGCAACUUUCAAAAUCCAGAAAUCAUCCCCGAAUGUUCCACGGCAGAACAGCCAGUAUGAGUUUAUUGUAUGUCACCAGAAAUGUAUUUCAGAUUAAGACAUAGUUAAGUAAUUACUGUCAGUAGUUUUUCCAGCUUCAAAGGUUUGUUCUGUGAAUCAUUUUGCUCUAUGCCUGAAUCAUUUACCCAUUUCAGACAGAAGAUGUGGUAUAUUACCUCUAAUAAAUACAAAUAUAAGGCAAUGUUUAGAUGACCCCCUUUCAAACGGCCCCUUUACCAUGUUCCUGCAAAUUGUAACUAAAAUUGUGAGGGGUGGGGUGUGUUGUAAAACCAUGGUGGCUGUUUGCAUUUCAAAUUAGGGAGGUGUUAAAUGAUGGAAGUGUUAAUACAUUUACCUACAAAAAAGCACAACCAUUUACACAGACCCAAUGCCUGUAUUUUGGUUACAGGGUCUGUGAAAAGGCAGGAAUCAUGUCUAGGUCUUUAGGUGGCUUUUCAUUUGCCAUGUUUUUUUUUACCCCCUACCCCUUUCAGAUCUAAAAAGAAGCAGGCAUGGUAAAUUAGUGGGAUUUUGAUCUGUGUAUGAAAGGGAUAAUUGUUACUGCCCUGUACUCUAGUGAGUCCCAGUGAACCCCUAGCCAAUCUAAACUGACACCAUUAUCUCUAAUCUCUAUCAGUGCAGCAGGUGGUAAAAUGGGGCCCAGGAAGGAAUGUUGUCAAGAACCUCUGCCUGCCUGCAGAGAAAAGGGUCUGCCUGUACUUUGAGCCAUAGCCCUACCGCACAGCUGCUCCUGCAAGCACUGCUAGGCUGUCUUUAGCUGUUUUAAUUCAUACAUAUUGGGAAGUGUUGCAAAAACUCAAAUCUGACCAUACAUCUUUAGAUAUAACUAUUGGCCUGUUAAGUGAAAUCAUGACUCUGGCUGUGUGCUCAAGAUGCAUGAAGUUGCAUUAUUUUCCCUUUAAAACCUGAACUUGAUUGUGACAUUAAAUGGGCAAUGCAGCCAUGCUGAUAAUCUGAUGUUAUAUACAGUCAGGUCCAAAAUUAUUGCCACCCUUGAUUAGCAAAAAAAUAUUGUAUAAAAUAAGUAAUACAUAUACUGAGCUAUAUUGUAUGCAAAACAUUUUUUUAACAAGGAAUAUUUCUUUUUAAUGGGGGUCAAAAUGAAUGGCAUCUUUGUUUUCAAUACCUCACCAUGUGAGGAUAAUGGCACUGAGCCUUUAAAAAAAUUGUUUUAUGAGUUUGGAGAACACACCUGGUGGGAUCUUAGACCAUUCCUCUAUACAGAAUCUUUCCAGAUCCUUGAUAACCUUCGUCUGCACUUAUGGCAGGGAUGUUAUUUCAGCUAAACCUAGGGUAUGGCAAAGUGACGGGGGGGAUCCCCCCAAUGGAAUUCUUACUGUACUUCUACACAAUUUAAAAACUCUAAAAUGCAAUUUGGACAACAGCAAAAACCAGCAAAAUUGAUGAGACAUUAUCACCUUGUUGCUGUAGCUUCAUUCUACUCAGUCAAUAGGGGACUUAAAGGGAUGCUUUGGGAUUUUAGCACUUCCCCAGAGUCCGAUGAACUCAUGGAUACCAUUUUUAUGUCUCUGCGUGCAGUUUGAAGGAAGUUGCUAACUAGCACAAUUGCUAACUAGCGUAAGCGCAAUGAGUGGAAGUCUAUUGUAUCUGCUAGCAUGCAGAUACCAUAGACUUCCACUCAUUGUGCUAACGCUGGUUAGCAAUUGCGCUAGCACUAGUUAGCAACUUCCUUCAAACUGCGCACAGAGACAUAAAAAUGUUAUCCAGGAGUUCAUCUGACUCUGGGAAAGUAGAUAAGGGCGUUGCCAAAAUCUCGAAGUAUGCCUUUAACAUUCUACAAACACAUGCCAUACAAGAAUUAGCAGCUAUGCACUAGCUCAGCACAGGAUUCAAACUCUAGUCUACAGCCAUCUUUACCUCUUCACUGUUUUGAGAAAAAGUUGCGCUGUUCCCUGCACCUGUGUCAAUGCGCUCUCAUAAAGCCAGCCGGCCAUACAAACAGCCCCCCCACUCCCAGGCAUGGUCCUAAAGUCGGCCCGCUAAUACGGCUAAACUGCAUUUGCCUUUUAAUCGGGAUUGGAAUGAUUUUAGUAGCCUAUUUUAAAUUGUUGGUGUUGAGCUAGGGUAUGUCGACUGCCAUAACCAAUUUACGCCUCUGGCUUAUGGACUGCCCUCUUCAAUUCAAACCACAGGUUUUCAAUGGGGUUCAAGUCCGAAGACUGAGAUAGCCAUUGCAAAAUGUUGAUUUUGUGGUCAAUUAACCAUUUCUUUGUGGAUUUUAAUGUGUGCUUGGUUAUUGUCUUGCUGGAAGAUCCACUUGCGGCCAAGUUUCAGCCUCUUGGUAGAGGCAACCAGGUUUUUUGGCUAAAAUGUCCUGGUACUGGGUAAAGUUCAUGAUGCUGUUGGCCAUAACACGGGCCCCAGGACCAGUGGAAGCACAAUAGCCCCAUACCAUCAAAGACCCACCCCAUAUUUUACAGUAGAUAUGGGGUUAUUUUCUGUAUAUGCAUCCUUCUUUUGACGCUAAACCCACCACUGGUAUGCGUGGCCAAAGAGCUCUAUUUUCAUGUCAUCCAACAAAUGUAAACGCCUGGAGAUUGCUAAACGGGAUAGACACUUGGAUUUGAACCUGUGCAAUGGUCAGAUGACAUGAAAAUUGAGCUCUAUGGCCACACAAACCAUGUUAUCAUCCACAGUUUUUAUGCAAAUAAACUCAUAUCGUAUUUUUAAAAAAUCACAACAACUGUGAUGGAAACAGGAGAUUUCGGUACAAUUUUCUAAAUGCCGACAGAUUCAUUGUUCGUUCGACCUGGGAUCUUUUUGUGUCUGUAAAAUGAGUUAUGUGAGAAAUGGCGGUGGAAAUGCCUUUAUGCGCAAAUAUAAUUAUAUUGUCCUCCCACUACGACUCGAGAAACCAUGCAGUUUAUUAGACUACAGAUAAAAUUAAGUUAUGAUGAACUUCACAGGGUGGUGAAAGUGCAUGGUGAUGAGCUUGAUGCUCCUUUUUUCCAAUAAAUAUCGAGGGUCUUAUUCAAGUGACAUGAUGAUCGAUGCUUGACUGCCAUUUGACAAAUACAAAAAUUCUCGCUCUUAUCCAUAAUGAUCUCAUGUAGACUAGCCUACCCACACUGUAUCUGCAAGUUCUUGGCUAGAGCGCACUUGCCAUGACCAGACAUGAGCUAUUUAAUGCAACAGUUUUUGUUAAACUAUCGGUAGAGUUGAAAAUGCGAUGGAAACACAUUGAACUUUAUAUAUUUCUUCGGUACAUGAAAACGUAAGCGAAAAAUUACAUUUUGUGUGCACUACGUCAUCACACUGAUUUUUAUCCGCAAGUCAGAGGGCAGUCCAUAAGCGCAGACUAAGGAUAUCAAGGAUCUAGAAAGAUUCUGUAUGGAGGAAUGGUUUAAGAUCCCUCGCAAUGUGUGUUCUCCAAUCUCAUAAAACUUUUUAGAAAAAGGCUGGGUGUGCCAUUAUCCUCGCAAGGUGAGAUAUUCAAAACAGGGGUGCCAAUAAUUUUGACCUUUUUGAGAAAAAUAUGUAUUGCUUGUUAAACAAAAUAUAUUUCUCUGAGCAAUUGUAUUAGUAUAAAAUAAUAUAAUUACCCAAUUUUGUUUUUAGCAUACUGCACAAUAAAGCUCAGUAUUUGCUUUAUCAAGGGUGGCAAUAAUUUAAUUAAUUUGACCUGACUGUAGGUUUCAGCAGUUGAAUGUAUGAAGUGUAUGCAGUGCCUUCUGUGAGUGUGUUUCCUAAGCAGAUUUUGGUGUGUCCCUCCCCAGGCCUAUGAACCCUUGCGCCGGCUCUCUGAGAGCAGCUCGUCUGCUGCAGUGGGAGGCACAGUGACCCCCAGCAGCGCCGGCACCAACACCACCCCUCUGUCCCAGGACACGGCUUACUCUAGCCUAAGGCAAGACACGCCGCAGUCCCAGGGCACCCCUCAUACCCCUCGCCAGACCAGCACCCCCUUCUCUCAGGACUCCAGCUAUUCCAGCAGGCAGGGCACCCCAGCCUACCAGUCUAGCCGGGCUGAAGGCUCCGGAAGCUACAAGUCUCGCAGACACGAGAGCAAAUUCCAGGAUGCCUACAACCGGAGACCGGAGAGGCGCUACGUCCAUGGCACUGGGGGAUCGGGAUCCUCCUCAUCCUCCUCCUCUUACCGAGGCAAUUUCGAACAGUCUGCCUUUAAGCAGCACCAACCUGCCCCACCUGAACCCCCUCUCUCUGCCUCAUCCUUUGCCCACACACCUCCUCCCCCUACCAGUGCCAGCUUUAAGUCGGCCUUCUCCCCCUACCAGCAGGCCCCCAUGCCCCCUGCGUUCCCCCCCUCAGAACCUCCGUUCCACCAGCCCGUCCAGCCCCCCAUGGCCCCUGCCACUGACUUCAUGCCAGUCAAGGACAAGCCAGGUACUCCACCCAUUCCAGAACCCCCACCUGAACCCAAGGCCCACCCCAGCACCCCCCCUUGCCCGGACACCCGAACACUGCCCCCCAUCCCCUGGCACCCCCACCCUGGAGUCAGAGCGAAAUAG